GAAGCCUGUUUAAACUCGCGACCUAUUUCACCUUUAUCCGAAAAUCCCGACGAUUUGCUAGCUCUUACCCCUGGACAUUUCCUUACUGGGGGUCCUUUGCUUUCACCUGCCGAACCUGACGAAUCCGAGACUACUAUUUCUGUAGUUAAUCGUUGGCGAAGAGUUGUGGCAUUAUCUCAACAGUUCAGUAUUAGAUGGAAACAUGAGUAUCUUAAAGAGCUUCACAAGCGCAUUAAAUGGAAAAGACCACAGCCAAAUAUCCAGAUUGGUUCUAUGGUUGUUGUGAGAGACGACUGUUUGCCACCCCAGGAAUGGAAAUUGGGGCGUAUUUCGAAGAUAUAUUAUGGCAAGGAUGAUUUAGUGCGAGUAGUCGAUAUAACUACACAAAGGGGAACCAUAACUCGGCCUGUUGUAAAAGUCGUGGUACUCCCACCAUGUUAGAAAUUAGUUAUUCAAUUUCCUUUUGUUACAUUAUUGUCCUUUAUUAUAUUUUAGUUUACUCUUACAGAAUGCCACCUAUUUUAUCCCGCCUUAGCCGUUCCGAGGCAAACAAAAAUUAUUACUCUUGCAGAAUCUGUUCACAAAACCACGGUCUUCGUAAAUGCAAGGUAUUCCGAAAAAAGGAUGCGAAACAACGUAUGCAAUUAGUUGUGACUCACCGCUACUGUCCAAACUGUUUAGCCCAUCAACACUCAUCUAGUUCUUGUUUUUCAACUAAAGGAUGUCGGUUUUGUGGAGGCGACCAUCACUCCUUAUUGCAUAUAGAUAAUCCAAAAUUGCGAAGCAAGAAAACAAGGACAGUAAAGGUCGAAAAAAGCCCCGCAGGUGAACCACCAAACACCAGUUCAACUAACCAGCGAUCACUAACGAUAGCGUCUAUUGCAACUCCAAACGCCACUUUGCUAUUUCCAACGGCUAUAAUACUGGUUGUGAUCGGCAAGAAAAAGCACCAUAUCCGCGCAGUUAUUGAUCCUUGCACCGCCAUUAGUAAAAUAUCUAAACAGUUUGUUGAAGAGUUACGACUUAACACAACUGUCCUAGGAUCGGAGUCCAUAUGUGCAGUCUCUAUAGCAUCUCGCCACUCUUCUCACACUGUUUUAGACACCACAAUGAGAGUCAACAACCACAUAUCAAUGGACACGCCUAAUAGAUCCAUUGAUGCUGCCAUUGCUGCAAAAUUCGCUAAUUUGACUUUAGCAGAUCCAAAAUUUUAUAUCUCGGGGCCGUUUUCAAUCGUACUUGGAUCUGACAUAUAUGGGCGCAUUAUAUUACCGGGUCUUUUAGCUAGUGAUGGCUCUCUUCCAGUCGCCACAAAUACUAUCUUCGGCUGGGUGCUGUCUGGCUCAUGCACCACCUGAUGCAACAACUAUUGAACUGGAUUAUAUUUAAAAUUAACAUUAGAAUCUAUAAGUAAACUGAAUUGUUAUUAAAUUUUGACUAGAGAUAACCCUUAUAGUAUUAAGGCAUAUUGAAUUUCAAGCAUUUUAUGAACACUCAAAGAUCGUAUGAAUUGUAUAUUUUCCUAUUUUUUUUUUUUUUUUGACCUCAUACCAUUAUAUAUUUGAAUUUAAAACUUUUACCUUGCAAUCUUGCAACAUGGGCCGGUAAUGUUUGUGCCACACAACUUCCAGGUCUGCAUUUUUAUAAUGCCACAUACAGAGGGCACUGAGAACACUACACUUUUUAGUUCUAAAUUUAGUUUUAUGGUAAACUAAAUGUCAUUAUUUUGAGAAGUCAUGACUAUGAAAUGAAAGACUCGUUCAUUCCGUUUUAACUUCGAGAGCAAUAAAGUUCAGUCUUCGUAAAAUCUAAA